AUGGUUUUAUUCGGACAAUUUCGAGUAUUACCGUAUUCAACUGGGUUAGCAAUUCUUUCACCAGGAUACUGUAAAUUUUUUGGGCGCGAUGUUUGUUUUAUCGGUUAUCAAGUUUAUAAUGGUGCAACUAUGGCAGUUGGAAUUGGAAUAUCGAAUACUGUAGUGUUUCGAUAUUUGUUACUUUCUAGAGUUGUCGGAACUCGUGGCGUGUUUCUCAUGAUUUCAGUUUCUUAUAUUUUUCCACUUGCAUUAGUUGUGAGUGGUUGAAUUUCUCAGGAAAUGAUUUCUUGGUUUUUGAACAUUAUUUGUUUUAUUUUAUGAAUUCGGCCCUCUGAGAUUUUAAAUUAAGUUAACUGACCUCUCACUAUUUCAGAUUCUACCUCUCACAACAACAUGGGAUUUUGAAACAGUCCAAGUCUUUACAAAAAUUGAACACUCCACCUACAAUCUUUCGAUUUAUGAACCAUUUCCUGGAUUUGUUGAUGUUUCAAAUUUCCAGUUUAUUCUUGCAACAACUCUUCUUGGAAUCGGAGUCUAUGGUUGUCCAUUGGCUAGUUUUGUUUUAACUCAAAGAACAUUGCAAAAAAUUCGUCGCCUAGAAAAUAUUUCGCAAAAUACUAGAAAACAAUUCCAAGUUCUAAUACAUGGUUUGAGUCUUCAAACAUUGCUACCUAUUUUUGCUUAUAUUCCGGUGUUUACUUGUUAUAUGAUUUCACAAAAUCUUGGAGUUGAAAUUCUAAUUUUUGAGCAUUUGAUUGUUGGAGCAGCUUCUUCUCCAGCUCUUUUCGAUCCAUUUAUAUCAUUUUACUGUAUUGUUCCAUAUCGAAAUGCAAUUAUCAAAAUUUUUCGAACAAAAAGAAACAUAAUUUCUGUAAAAUCAACAAGUUGA